CUCUGAAGCCAACUGAAUCCCCUACCUGAAGAAGACAAGCAGAGAGCAGACAGCGCCUCGGCCCGCGGCCCCCCUCACCCACCUACUCCCGCCCCGCCGGCUCGCCGUCGCCGUCGUGAUCCCGCGAUGUCUUCGUGGCUGCGGAGCGCGGUCAGCAAGGCCGUCGAGGCGGGCGGCCGCAGCGGCGUCGCCCGCACCGUGCUGGGCUACGCUGACGCCGUCGCUCACCACGCCGGCCAGGCCGUCGCCGAGGGCACCAAAAUCCUCAAUGAUCGCAUGAGCACUCAAAACUACAAAAGUGUCAAGCAGACAGUGAAGCGCUUGGAAGAGGCGGCGGUUUCAUCACGCGGGGACGAGAGAGUUCAGGUUCUAAGGCGCUGGCUCAGGGCGCUUCAAGAGAUCGAAGCUGCACUUGGAGGUUUGGAUGGGGCUGUCCCACAGAAUGUCCCUUCAAGUGAACCGAACACCUCAAAAUCACCAUUAGCAAGAGUCUUGUUUUAUGACGCUGACAUUGGAGGAUCUCCUAUGAACUUCCGAGAUGUAUUUCUCUAUAGCCAAGCACUUGAGGGUAUUACAUUGUCCAUGAUUCUGGAAGCUCCAAACGAAACAGAGGUUUCCCUGCUUUUGGAAAUUUUUGGCCUAUGUCUUACAGGAGGGAAAGAAAUUAAUAACGCGAUUAUGAGCAGUAUUCAAGACUUAGCAAAAUCAUUCUCGGUUUACCAUGAUGAAGUCCUGGUGAAACGCGAAGAGCUGCUUCAGUUUACCCAAAGUGCUAUUUCAGGACUAAAGAGGAAUGCGGAUGUUGUGAGGAUAGAUGCUGAAGCCACAGAAUUAUGGAAGAAACUAGAUGAAAAGGAGGCAUUGCGAGUUCAAUCAACUCAAGGCCCUGAAAAAGUUUCAGAAAAUACUGCUCUUGCAAUCGUUGAGUCUUUCAAAGAAGCACUCGCUGAAGUCCGGUUCUGCUCUAGAAUGGAAGAUCUGCUAAUGAAGAAAAAAACAAUUAGUGCUGGGGAUUCCCCAGAUGUUCACUCCCAAAAGGUGGACAAAUUAAAGGUCUUAGCAUCUUCCCUUGCUAAUUCGUCCUCCAAGGCAGAGAAGCGUAUUUUGGAUCACAGACGCCAGAAAGAGGAGGCUCUUAACUUUCGUGCCAAAAAGGAGAACGAAGUGUGUGCAGUUGAAAAGGAGUUAACUGCUGAGAUUUCUGAAUUGGAGAAGCAAAGGGAUGAACUCGAGGCUCAGUUGAAGAAGGUUAACAUUUCGCUGAAUUCUGCUGUUGGGCGGCUCAAGGUAACGAGGGAAGAGAGGGAUCAAUUUGAUGAAGCAAACAAUCAGAUGAUCUUUAGUUUAAAAGCAAAGGAAACUGAACUUUCAAAAAGUAUUGCCUCUUGUAAUGUGGAGGCUGGUGUAGUAAAAACUUGGAUCAAUUUCCUCGAGGAUACAUGGCAGCUUCAGUCGUCAUAUGAUGAACAGAAAGAAAAGAAAACCAAUGAUGAGCUAGAGAGAUGCACAGGCAAUUUUAUGAAGCUGACGAAAUUUCACCUUUCUACAUUCAAGGAAGUUCUAAACCCGUCAAUUGAGCGGAUCCACACAUACGUGGAUAAUUUGGCAGUCUUGAAUUCAAGGGAUGAGUCAACAGAACUUGAAGAUGAAGAGAUAUCAGAAAAGACAAGCCCACAGAAAUCCCUUGAGGAGGAAUAUUUGGAAACUGAAAAGAAGAUUGUAAUUGCCUUCAGCAUAACUGAUCACAUGAAGAAGCUGUUUUAUUCUGAGCAAGGAGCUAGUUCGAGGAAAGAUGAUCCAGAGAUCAGGAACUUAUUUUCAGAGAUAGAGAAACUGAGAGAGGCAUUCGAGUCUAUAGAAAGGCCGACACUAGAUAUUGAAGUCCGUAGAGCGAAGGUUCCGACAAAGGAGCGAUCUGAAUCGAACUCUUCACCUGUUCAGGCACCGUCGACGCCUAAAGCUACGCCUGUGGAUUCCCCCAAAUGUCCUGUGAAAUCCGAGCAGACUCCGGAUCCUGAUUUGGACCUUGCAGACUUGGAGUUAGAAUUUGGCAAAUCUAACAGAUACUCCCCGGAAGAUAUAAGCGGGUGGGAGUUCGACGAGCUUGAAGAGGAGCUGAGAGCUGACAUAUCCAAAUCAAGCAAUACGAAAUAACCAUUGACAAUGUGAGAUGUAUACUACGUUGCCUGCCUUGGCGUGCGGUUUUUUUCUGGAAACUGCGUACGGCCGGAUACUUGAAUGUACAUAGUGUUGUUUUAUUGUGUCCAUUGUUCUAUUCUUACUGUACGAGGUAUGCAAAUGCAAAUGUGUACACAGUUGACAAGUCAUUUUUUAUUUGUCUGUUCUUGUCAUGGACGUGUAUACAGAAAACAGUGAACCAUUUUCUCCCUAUGUACAACAGACUAGUACAGGUUUAUGUUUGAGCUUUUGACAAUGAAAAUAAUAAAUAUAUAUGCUGGGAAGAGGCUAAAUCGGCAGUUGCUUAA